AAUGCCUCUUUUUAUUGUUGUUUCUCUUCAAAAAAAAAAACGGAGCUGUGGCUAAUGGCUAUCUGUAUUGUAGUAUCUUGUCCCAGGUCUUUGGUGUUUGCUUGCCAGAAUCCUUUUAUAUAUGUCAGACACCGACACUCUUGCCUGUGUUCUUGUUAAUUGUUAUAUAGAGAGCGACAUAUGUAAAGCCUAACAUGGAUACUUCUUGGCUACGUUUAUCACAUUUUACUUUCUCACUAUUCGUGGAUGUUAAAUCUUCUCCCGAAAACUUAAGCCGGGGGAAAAUGGUGAUUUAAUCAUAUAGUUAAGUGAGCUAUUUCUAACCUAAACGGCUGGUAUAUUAUUGACGCAAGUUCGAACUCAAUUGUCAGGCAAGGUUGACAGUAUGGAUGGGAAUACCGAAGAACGAAUAACCCGUGUUCUUUUUUGUGGGCCACAUUUUCCGGCUUCUCAUAAUUACACGAGAGAAUAUUUGCGAAAGUACCCCUUCGUCCAGGUUGUUGAGGUUCCCAUUGAUGAUGUGCCUAAUUCUAUAUCAAAGUAUCACAUGUGUAUUGUGAAAAGCAUGAAACUGGACUCAAAUGUUAUCUCUCUUGCAACUGAAAUGAAGCUUAUAAUGCAGUAUGGCGUGGGCCUGGAUGGUGUUGAUAUUGAUGCUGCUACGAAGUAUGGAGUCAGAGUUGCUAGGAUCCCAAGUCAUGUAACUGGAAAUGCAGCAUCAUGUGCAGAGAUGGUUAUAUAUCUGAUUUUGGGCCUUCUUCGAAAGCAAAAUGAGAUGCAAAUUGCAGUAAAGCAGAGAAGGCUCGGAGAACCAGUUGGUGAAACACUACUUGGAAAAACCGUCUUCAUUAUGGGAUUUGGAAAUAUCGGCAUUGACUUGGCAAAGCGUCUGCGACCUUUUGGUGUGAAAAUUAUUGCUACAAAACGGAGCUGGGUGGCACAAUCACAAGACUCUUGCCAGUCUAAUGAUGUUCCAGGUCCAAAUAGCACCACAAAUGAUUUGAUUGAUGAAAAAGGUGUUCAUGAAGAUAUUCACGAGUUUGCAAGCAAUGCAGAUAUUGUCGUUUGUUGCUUAAAUUUAAAUAGUGAAACGGCUGGCACUGUAGACAAGAAAUUCAUAUCUUCAAUGAGAAAGGGUGCCCUUUUAGUAAAUAUUGCUCGAGGAGGUGUUCUGGACUAUGAGGCUGUUCUUGAUCACCUCAAGUCUGGCCACUUGGGAGGCUUGGGCAUUGAUGUUGCUUGGACCGAGCCAUUUGAUCCUAAUGAUCCAAUUUUGAAAUUCAAGAAUGUUCUAAUCACACCUCAUGUUGGUGGAGUUACAGAAGUUUCUUACAGAUCCAUGGCUAAGGUUGUAGGCGAUGUUGCUCUUCAACUUCAUGCAGGCAUUCCUUUGACGGGGAUAGAAAUUGUCAACUGAUAACAGUAAAGAGAAUUGUUUGAUUGUGCAGCAAUAAGCUCUUAGUCUGAAAGGAGUCAGAUGAGGAGUAAGGCCUGGUGGAUUUUGGGUUAUAGCGUAGUGGGAAUGAUUAAUAAACCUCCCAAAUCAAGUGAUGAAGUCACUUUUC